AUGAAGAGACAACGAGAACCUUCUAAGAAGUCAAAGAAGGCCAAGAAAGCAAAGUUGGGGGAAACUUCUAUGUCAAGACCUCCGGUCCCUCUGAUCGAAUCCCCAAAAGCCAACACUCCACCACCUGAACAACCAACUCCAUCACCAUCUGAACAACCACAAUAUCCACCACCUGAACAACCCACAACACCACCCUCUGAAACUCCCUUCACACCACCCUCUGAACACCUUAUUUUCCCUACCUCUCAACCUCCAACUGACACUAUCCAAACCCCACUAGAAUCUCCAUCCCCCAACUCUGAACCAGAAAAUACCUUCCCCACCCUAGAAGAAUCAAUCUCUUUAUUUGAUGAGUCUUUAAUGGAGAAGAUCAGAUCUCUAUCUGAAAACUCUGGUAUCAGUGACGAUCCCUCUGCAGCACGACUGGUCAGAGAGGCAGAGGAAAAUGCCAGAAGAGAAGCAGAAGAGAAAGCUUGUCUGGAAGAAGAGCAACAGGUUAGAGAAGUUGUAGAGAAGGCUGCUGCUGAAGCAAAAGCAAAAGCAAAAGCUGACGCUGAAGAGGUAGCACGCAUAGCUGCGGAAGAAGCUGCAAAGUCUAGCACUGAUGCUCUGGCUCAGGGGGAACAAUCAAACUCUAGCUUCGCUCCUCUAGUCCUAAAGACUUUGGAAGAACUGCAGAAGGAGAAACAGAUAGUGCGAGCAAUAUUGGAUCACUAG